CAUCCACAUAGGGGAAAAGAAGGAACGUGGCUCAAAAAGGCGCACAAUAGUUUCCAAAGCGGGCCCACCACCUUUUGCUGCAGAAUCCCUCGUGACGGCUGUUUGCAUGUAUUUUGUCUAUCGUUCCAGACCUCUCCUAACACAAUAAUGGCAUGUCUGGUCUAACAAGUCUCUCGCUGUACCUUAUUUGUCGCCUACUUUGCGUUUGAUGUGCGUUUGAUCUUAUAAUCUGGACAAAAUGGGGCUGCCAGCCCACCCGACAACCGCCAUGGGCAGUGACAAUGUGACACUUCCGAGGUUCUUGAAGCUACGAUCCUCCAAAUCAUUUAUUAUCUUCAUGAUUGCCUUUGCUGUGUCAACGGAUAUUUUCAUGUACGGUCUGCUCGUACCAGUAACACCAACAGCUCUCAAAACCAAGCUUGGGAUAUCAGAAGAUAAGACUCAAUCGUGGACGUCCAUUCUACUGGCCUUAUACUCAGCUGCAUUCCUGGUGUUUUCUCGUAUGUCCGCAGUUCCUACUAAGCACCCUAAUCCUAAUCAUUCAAUAGCUAUCUUCGGUCACUUGGCAGAUCGUGCAAAUUCCCGAAAGUGGCCGCUUCUGCUCGGCCUCGUUGUCCUGGGCGUCGCAACCGCCUUACUAUGCAUCGGGACGCACAUCGCCUUAUGGGUGGUCGGCAGACUCCUCCAGGGUGCCGCAGUAGCGGUGGUAUGGGCAGUUGGCCUGGCGCUUCUGGUCGACACCGUUGGCGAGGAUGAGCUCGGCCAGGCUAUCGGAUACGUCUCGAUGGGGCUGAGCAUCGGUGUCCUGGCGGGACCAUUGGUCGGAGGAGUCGUUUAUGAGCACGGUGGCUAUUAUGCGGUUUUUGGUGUUGCCUUUGGGUUAAUUGGGAUUGAUCUUGUGCUGAGGUUAGCGGUCAUUGAGAAGAAGGAAGCUGCCUGGUGGCUUGCACCGACACAGCCAGAACGACACGGAGAAGACACAACAGACUGUUCAGUCGUGUGUGAGGCAGACGAACGUGCCAGUACUCCCCAAGCACCACAACCUUUGAAUGAUACCAAGUACCCUCUCAGGCAACUAGCUACCCUGCUUCGCUCACCCCGCCUCCUCGCCUCACUCUGGGGAACCUUUGUCGUCUCGUUGGUGCUAACGUCAUUCGACAGCGUGCUGCCCCUUUUCGUGGAAGAGGUCUUCGGAUGGAGACAAACAGGCCAGGGUCUGAUAUUCAUCGCACUCGUGGUCCCCCAUAUACUCGACCCACUCAUCGGGUCUCUCGCCGACCGACACCCACACGCCGCUCGCUUCCUCAUAUCAGGCGCAUUUCUCUCCGCCACCGCGCCCGCCGUCUGCCUCCGACUCAUCACCACAGACUCGCUUGACGAUAAAAUUCUGCUAUGUGCGCUCCUAGCCCUCCUCGGCCUCUGUCUCGCCCUAGCAAACACACCACUCAUGCUCGAGGUCUUCCUCGCAGUGAAGGCUAAGGAGGCCACACUGUCCGGCGGGCGACUGGACGCCAACCGCGGCGGAGCCGUCGCGUUUGCAUUCGGGCUGUCGAAUAUGGCCUUCGCAGCAGGGAGUCUGGUUGGGCCGUUCUUUGCGGGGUAUAUUCGGCAACGGGUCGGUUGGGGGACGUUUGCGUGGGCGAUGGGAUUGGUUUUGGGGGUUUCGUCUGUGCCGACGGUCCUGGUUACUGGGGGAUGGAUUGGAAAGCGAGGGAUUUAGAUAUUUAUGGGAUGCAGGUACGGCUCGAUCUUUACGCGCUAUCAGCAACAGUGUGCUCAAACAAGCUUGACCAGCCUUGUGGGCCUACAUGUCUUUGAUCUUGGAGAGUGGUGGCGCCUGUCAGUUCAUGCUGGCAGAAAGGGCAGACUUCCGUGACAGUGGCCAUAGCUUUUCUACAUCUGCAACCUGUAUUUAACAAAAGAAAAAUAAAAAGAGAAUGCAUCAUCCGUGAAUCGAACACGGGCCUCGUCGAUGGCAACGACGAAUUCUACCACUA